CCAAUUCUGUAAGCUUUUUUCACCUCAACCUCUGAUCUGUGCUGAUAAUGGCAGAGGCUAUUUCUUCAUGCAUGUUCAGUUGUCCAAUCUGUCGGAAUUUUCUGAAAUGUCCAGUGACUAUUGUUUGUGGACACAGUUACUGCAUGGGCUGCAUCAAUCAAGCAUGGGAUGAGGAGGAUCAGAAGGCCAUUUACAGCUGCCCUGAAUGCAGGCAAACCUUUACAUCAAGACCAAUUCUUUCCAGAAAUGUUAUGUUAGCUGAGGUGCUUGAGAAGCUAUAUCACUCUGGAAUUCAGGAAACUCCUCAUCCUUCUACUGAACUGGGAAACACAACAUGUUUUGAGUGCACUGGAAGAAAGAGAAAUGCCUUUGUGAGCUGUCUUUUGUGUCGGAUAUCUUUCUGUGAGAGCCACUAUGCUGUUCAUGAAAUACAGCAUUCAGGACAUCACGGUGAACAACAGAGACAACUUCACACAUACAUUUCCAACAGAAUCACAGAGAAAGAGAAAGAUCUACAGACACUGGGGAAGGCUGUCAAAUACAUGAAGGGCUCUGCACAUGCAAUGAUAGAAUAUAAUAAGAGGAUCUUCACUGAGCUCAUCCGUUCCAUUGAGAAGAUACCAUCAAAGCUCACCCAGCAGAUCAUGGACAAGGAGAGGACUGAGCUGGACCAGGCAGAGGGACUCGUUAAGCAACUGGCGGAGGAGAUUGCGGAUCUAAGAAGGCGAGCAGCUGAGCUGGAACAACCCUCAGAGACAGGCGAUGAUGUUUAUGCCUCCCAGGUAACGCUUUCAGGAUCUAAAAAUAGCCAGUCGUCCACAUACAAACCAAACAUUUCCUUUGGAGAUGUGUUGAAUAUGGUCUCCGAGAUGAAACAGAAAAUACUGGACCUUUGCAACGCAGAAGUGGAGAAGAUUGCAGCAAAAAUUACAGACACUCCGAUCAUCACCUUGGAGCCUAGAACCAGAAAGGAGUUUCUGAAAUGCUUUUGUCAUCUCACAUUGGAUCCCAACACAGUACACUGCUCACUGUUGCUAUCCAAAGAAAACUCAGAAGUGGAACACACCAGCUUGACCCUGCCAUAUCCUGACCACCCCGACAGAUUUGAUUAUGUCUAUCAGGUGCUGUGUAAGGAGGCUAUUUCAGGCCAGUGUUACUGGGAGGUACAGUGGAGUGGCCGAAAUGGUGCCAUUGUGGCAGUCUCUUAUAAAGGUAUCAAUAGGAAAGGCAGUGGUUAUGUGAGCCUAUUUGGAUAUAAUGAGCAGUCCUGGAGACUGCGGUGCACUCCAUUAAUUUGUUCUUUUAAGCACAACAACAAGGAGAUUCAGUUUCCUCCGAUCCCCAGUUCCUCUAGAAUAGGUGUUUAUGUAGAUCACACAGCAGGAACUCUGUCUUUCUACCAAGUCUCAGAGCCCAUGAUUCUUAUCCACAGAGUUAAGACCACAUUCACUGAGCCUCUCUAUAUAGGCUUUGGAGUUCACAUAGGAUCCUUUGUGAAUAUUUACAACCCACUUGUUUAGUUCAACUGUAACGUCCAUAUUUAUGACUGCUGCUAGUGGUAGAGUUAGGAGUAGUCAAAACUUUUUUCCCCCAGAAUGUUUGGUUAACGAUUCCCGGGAAACAUAAAACUUGGUGGGCAUAUUGCGUUUGGUCCCCAGGGGCCACUCCCCCCCCCCCCUUGAUGAGCCCAUGAAAGCCGGGCAAAUGCAGUUUUCACUGAAUAAAUAACCACUGCACCCAAGAUGACCACACCAUGAUGAAAAAAUAUUUCACUUUAAGCACCACUAUCUUCGGCUGUGAUGUUCUGAACUGCACUAAAUGUUAUGUGUGUGUAUAGAUGGUGGUGUUUAGUGAAGGGUUGCGGGUAGGGGAUGUAGAGAAAUUCAGAUGUUCAUGUUGAAAUGUACUUUCAGCCGAGAUAAAAAGCCUCUGUCACACACAUGCGCACACACACACACACACACACACAUAAGCGAACACACACACAUACACACAGAGAGAGAGAGAAGCACACAUACAAUCAAAUAAACACGCACACUCACUUACAUAGCAAGAGAAGUACUCCCUGUUGAUGUGCUGUAAGCUUACUCUUAUAGUCUUAUAGUGCGUUACAUAAGCUUACUAAUAACAUUUCUAUUUUCUUUUCUGUUUUUGUGAAUAGCCUUAUACAUUUAGUUUAGGCUUAGUUGGGAGUUGUUUUGUUUUACAUGUAUUGUUUUCUCCUGUUUUGGUUUGUUAGGGAGUGAGGUUAGUUUCUGUUUUUAAUUUUAGGUUUUUGUUUUCAGGUAACUAGUUCUACUCCAAAUAGCUAGUCUUAGUUAUUUUGCCGCCUGUUUACUGUUUUUGGAAAUACCGGUAAAUA